AGAAAAAAAGUACAGAGAAACGAAGAAAGGUAUAUAACCAGUGAUGAAGCAUUCAUGCUUAAAUUUAUCACAUUAAAAAUUGAAUAUAUUAUUGAAAAAAACAAGUGCUUAGAACUUACCAAAUGGAAGUAAAGAUCCUCUUUGACUUGGUCAGGGCCUGAAAUGCAUCAAUCAUGAAUUUUUUUUUUUUUAUUCAUGAUCGUCCAGGAGAGAGUGAGAAACUUCCAUCUGUUUUGAUAUGGAGCUGAAUUAAAAAAGAACAAAAAGGUAUGAACAAACAUUAAGACCUUUUCAAAUCUCUCCUCUCAUUGGACAGGAUCUUCACUGUUUUCAUAUAAAUGCAGACCAACGGAACAGAACCAAAGCAGCAAAAUCAUCUGCCAACUGCCCAUAACUGAAAUAGAAGAAAAAGAAUAAUGGCUAGGAAAAGAAAUGUUGGUGAAGUGGUGGAAGAGAAAAAUGUUGCUAGUGAACAAACUAUGGCUUGGGAUGAAAUGGUGAAGGAAGCUGCAGCAACAGCUGCACUAGGAGGACCUAGGAGAGCUAGGAAGCGAUUUGUUGGUGUCCGGCAAAGGCCAUCAGGCAGAUGGGUUGCGGAGAUUAAAGACACCAUACAGAAGAUAAGGGUGUGGUUAGGCACUUUCGAUACUGCAGAGGAAGCAGCCAGGGCCUAUGAUGAGGCCGCUUGCUUGCUUCGGGGUGCCAAUACGAGGACAAACUUCUGGCCUUGUUCUCCAUCAUCUAAUUCAACCCCAGCUCUUUCUUCAAGGAUUACUAAUCUCCUUCUCCAAAGGCUUAAAGCAAGGAACAAUUCCUGUGCUCCUUUGCCUACUUCACCACCUAUCAACCAGCAACCCAUGCAGCAAGUUCAGGAGUAUAGAGAAGAAACAACAGAUUUCUUGGAUAGUGAGUUUCCUGAUUUUCUUAAUGAUCCUGAAGAUUAUUCCAUGUCAAAUGAUAACAUCAACAAUACAACUGCAAAUGCUGCUGGCGACUUGACAACAAGUCUUGAAUCAUGUUUAACUGAUAACAAAGAUUCUUCCAGGAGAGAAUUGGAUUCCAAUUUCACAUUCAGUGAUGCGGCUCAAUCUUCCCGGGUUGAUGGUGAUGAUAUUGGAGAGGAAAGAGAAGAUGGAGAAGAAAGUCAUGAUAUGGGGGCAUUGGAUUUCCAGUUUUUUGCGGAUGAUAUUGGAUCAUCUUGUUACUAUUCUGCUUUUCAGAUUGCUGAAGAGAUUGAGAUACCAAUGGAACCAGACUGUUUUGGAGAUGAACCCUCGACUAUUAGUGCUGCCGUGAAGAGAAUGACAUACGAAAGGAAAUUCUCAGCUUCUCUCUAUGCUUUCAAUGGGAUACCAGAGUUGUUAAGGCUAAAGCUUGGUUCAGAAAAAGUCAUGGAGAGAGGAAGAUCUGAACAGUUGACAAAACUUCAAAAUGCAUGUAACAAGAAGAAUGAGAAAGGAAAUGAUUCAGAAAUGAUGGGGAAAAAACAGAAGGAAAGUCCACAAAGUUCGUUUGAUUCUUCAAGUUCAGUGGAUAUGGGGCCUUUUUCAACAGGAAAUGAUGGUGAAUCUCUUUGGAGCUCACUUGAUCUUCCACCCAUCUGUCUUUGUUAA